AUGGUGGGCUUCGUGUGCCGGAUCGGCAUGGCCUCCACAGACACCGCCUUUGUCGGCCACCUCACCAACGCGACGACCGGCGUCUUCUUUGACCGCCCGUACUCCGGGGAGGAGUACCUCGCCGCGGCGUCGCUCUCCGACAUGGUGGUCAACAUCCUGAUCGUGCCUCCGCUCGCCUUCAACCAGGUGCUCAACGCGCUGGUCGGGCAGGCGCUCGGCUCGGACAACAAGAAGAUGGCCGGCACGUGGCUGCAGCUCUCCGUCUUCUUCCUCACGACGAGCUACCUGCCCUUCAUGCUGAUCCAGUACCUCUUCACCGCCGACGUGCUCAAGCUGCUCGGCUUCAACCACGACAUCUGCGAGCUCGCCUUUCGAGCGGCUGGGCGAGGGCCGGGCGCGGCGCUUUGCGGGAUGCCGGGAUCGCGUGGCCGGCGGACGGAGAUGGUGCACACUGCCCGCAGCAAGGCGGGCGGCGGCGGGCGACGCCGACCGACGAUCGAUCGAUCGUACGUACGUACGUAUGUAUCUGAGUGA